AUGUACGUAGUAUUGGGAUUAGUAUUGUUAUGUUUCGUGGUACUAGCUGUGUGGACGACAUGGUUCAGACAGAAACCUGAUGCACCUCCUAUGAUGCCAGGCUUGCUCCCGAUUAUAGGACAUGCCCAUGUUAUUUUCGGAGACCGCAAACUUAUAACCGAUCCAGAUGAUUGUCUUACACUAUCUAACAUAUGCCUUAAUAAACCUUACCUCUACGACUUUGCCAAGGACUUCUUAAAUAACGGAUUGGUACAACAACUUAAUUUCUUUUUAGCUUCUAUAUGGAGACCUCACCGCAAAUUAUUAAACCCUUCGUUCAACCAGCAAGUCGUGAACACAUUCGUUGACGAAAUAAACUUUCAAGCUCGAAAUAUUGUCUCAAGUUUGAAAAAUGAACUGGGAAGAAAGCCUUUCGACGUCCGACCCUACUUUAUCAGCUUUACGGUUUCCGUUGCUAUUCGAUCUAGUCUUGGGCUAGAAGUCGAUAAUCAAAAGAAUCUAAACCGAAAGUAUUGUGAGACUAUAGAUGAUGUGUUUUCUCUAUACUGUGACAGAGCCCAGAAAGUGUGGUUGCAUAUCGAUUGGGUGUUUAAUUUAAGCGAAAUGAAACGCAAACAAGACAAACUUACAAACUCCUUGAAAAAUAUAAUUCGUCCUAUUAUACAGAAAAGGAAAGCCGAGAUAAAGACUAAAAUAGAAACAUCAUCGUUUGAGAAUAAAUCCGGUAAAUUCGAACCAGUUCUCGAUCAGAUGCUUCAAAUGGCAAACGAGCAAAAUGGGUUCACAGAUGAAAUUAUCAGAGAACACUUAGAUAGUUUUGUGUCAGCAUCAUAUGACACAACGUCUUCAUCUUUGGUCUUCGCGAUGUUGACAAUUGCGUCAUAUCCAGAUAUACAGAAUAGAAUUUAUAACGAAAUACAAGAAGUUUUGCCGAACAAAGACGAUGACUUUUCUAAACAAGACCUACCAAAACUUGUGUACUUAGAAGCAGUUAUAAAAGAAACAUUACGAUUAUACAGUUCUGUUCCAGUUAUAGCGAGAAAACUAGAAGCAGAUGUUAAACUGAAAAACUAUACGCUGCGUGCCAACAGCACUUGUAUCAUUGGUUUAUACUCUCUCCAUCGUCACCCUCUCUGGGGUCCCGAUGUGAAUGAGUUCAAACCAGAACGCUGGUUGGACCCCAGCAGAUUACCUGAAAAUCAUAACCUCUUCGCUCCGUUUAGCAUCGGUAAACGAAAUUGCAUAGGAAAAGCAUUCGGCAUGCUGAUGAUGAAGAUAGCAAUAGCACACAUAGUACGACAAUAUCACAUUUCUGGGAGCAUCCAUAAUAUGGAAUGUGAAUUUGAUAUAAUGUUGAAACCCAUAUCAGGUCAUCAGAUUGGAUUGAAACUAAGAUCGUGA